AUGCUAUGCUCAAGGAUUAAACGUAAUGGCUUCGUGAACAACUACGGCUACGGCCCGCAUGGCAUCGGCCCCAACAACGUCGGAAUCGACAGUUUCGGAUUUUUCAAAGACAAAUUCUACAACAGCGGUUUGCCACCGUUAUAUACAUUUGCAGCCUAUCGUAACUAUUACCACGAAAUUUCGUUCCAUAAAAACAAAUACGGACUUCCGGCGCCAACCAAUUUUGAGAUUUUGCAGCAGGAACGUUUCGGUCAGUCCUUUUCUUUUGAUUUUGUUGCAUUUUAG